AUGCAGCGCCGGGGCGCCCUGUUCGGUAUGCCGGGCGGCAGUGGCAGCAGGAAGAUGGCUGCAGGAGACAUCGGCGAGCUGCUAGUGCCCCACAUGCCCACGAUCCGCGUGCCCAGGUCCGGGGACAGGGUCUACAAGAACGAGUGCGCCUUCUCCUACGACUCCCCGAAUUCUGAAGGCGGACUCUAUGUAUGCAUGAAUACAUUUUUGGCCUUUGGAAGGGAACACGUGGAAAGACACUUUAGAAAAACUGGACAGAGUGUCUACAUGCACCUGAAGAGACAUGUGCGCGAGAAGGUAAGAGGUGCAUCUGGUGGCGCUUUACCCAAAAGGAGGAAUUCCAAGAUUUUUUUAGAUCUAGAUACUGAUGACGAUUUAAAUAGCGACGAUUAUGAAUAUGAAGAUGAAGCCAAACUUGUUAUAUUCCCAGACCACUAUGAAAUAGCCCUACCAAAUAUUGAGGAGUUGCCAGCCCUGGUAACAAUUGCUUGUGAUGCAGUUCUCAGCUCAAAAUCUCCAUACAGAAAGCAGGACCCAGAUACAUGGGAGAAUGAAUUGCCAGUGUCGAAGUAUGCCAAUAACCUCACCCAGUUGGACAAUGGAGUCAGAAUUCCUCCAAGUGGCUGGAAGUGUGCCAGGUGCGACCUUCGGGAGAACCUCUGGUUGAACCUGACCGAUGGCUCCGUGCUGUGUGGGAAGUGGUUCUUUGACAGCUCCGGGGGCAACGGGCAUGCGCUGGAGCAUUACAGAGACACGGGCUACCCUCUCGCUGUGAAACUGGGGACCAUCACUCCGGAUGGGGCCGAUGUUUAUUCUUUCCAAGAAGAGGAAGCUGUUUUGGACCCUCAUUUGGCCAAGCACUUAGCACAUUUUGGAAUUGACAUGCUUCAUAUGCAUGGGACAGAGAACGGGCUCCAGGACAAUGACAUCAAGCCACGGGUCAGCGAGUGGGAGGUGAUCCAGGAGACGGGGACGAAGCUGAAGCCCAUGUACGGCCCAGGGUACACAGGGCUCAAGAACCUGGGCAACAGCUGCUAUCUCAGCUCCGUGAUGCAGGCCAUCUUCAGCAUCCCAGAGUUCCAGAGAGCGUAUGUAGGAAAUCUUCCAAGAAUAUUUGACUACUCUCCUUUAGAUCCAACGCAAGAUUUCAACACACAGAUGACUAAGUUAGGACAUGGCCUUCUCUCAGGCCAGUAUUCAAAACCUCCCGUGAAGUCUGAGCUCAUUGAACAGGUGAUGAAGGAGGAGCACAAGCCUCAACAGAAUGGGAUCUCCCCACGCAUGUUUAAGGCCUUUGUGAGCAAGAGCCACCCGGAAUUCUCCUCCAACAGACAGCAGGAUGCCCAGGAGUUUUUCCUGCACCUGGUGAAUCUAGUAGAGAGGAACCGCAUUGGCUCAGAAAACCCAAGUGAUGUUUUUCGGUUUUUGGUGGAAGAGCGGAUUCAGUGCUGUCAGACCCGAAAAGUCCGCUACACAGAGAGAGUGGACUACCUGAUGCAGUUACCUGUGGCCAUGGAGGCGGCAACCAACAAAGAUGAACUGAUUGCCUAUGAACUAACGAGAAGGGAAGCAGAAUCAAACAGAAGACCCCUUCCCGAGCUGGUUCGUGCCAAGAUCCCAUUCAGUGCCUGCCUGCAGGCCUUUUCUGAACCAGAAAAUGUUGAUGAUUUCUGGAGCAGCGCCCUGCAAGCAAAGUCUGCGGGUGUGAAAACAUCUCGCUUUGCCUCAUUCCCUGAAUACUUGGUAGUGCAGAUAAAGAAGUUCACUUUUGGUCUUGACUGGGUUCCCAAAAAAUUUGAUGUUUCUAUUGAUAUGCCAGACCUACUUGAUAUCAACCAUCUCCGAGCCAGGGGGUUGCAACCAGGAGAGGAGGAACUUCCAGACAUCAGCCCCCCAAUAGUGAUUCCUGAUGACUCCAAAGAUCGCCUGAUGACCCAAUUGAUAGACCCAUCAGAUAUUGAUGAGUCAUCGGUGAUGCAGCUGGCUGAGAUGGGCUUCCCUCUAGAAGCGUGUCGGAAGGCUGUGUAUUUUACUGGAAAUAUGGGAGCCGAGGUGGCCUUCAACUGGAUCGUUGUUCACAUGGAAGAGCCAGAUUUUGCUGAACCACUGACCAUGCCUGGUUAUGGAGGAGCAGCUUCUGCUGGGGCCUCUGUUUUUGGUGCUACUGGAUUGGAUAACCAACCUCCGGAAGAAACUGUAGCUAUCAUUACCUCCAUGGGAUUCCAUCGAAAUCAGGCUAUUCAGGCCCUGCGAGCAACGAAUAGUAAUCUGGAAAGAGCACUGGAUUGGAUCUUUAGCCACCCUGAGUUUGAGGAGGGCAGUGACUUUGUGAUCGAGAUGGAGAAUAACGCCAAUGCGAACAUCGUUUCUGAGGCCAAACCCGAAGGACCUAGAGUCAAGGAUGGAUCUGGAAUGUAUGAAUUAUUUGCUUUCAUCAGUCACAUGGGAACGUCCACAAUGAGUGGCCACUACGUUUGUCACAUUAAAAAGGAAGGAAGAUGGGUGAUCUACAAUGACCACAAAGUUUGUGCCUCAGAAAGGCCCCCUAAAGACCUGGGCUACAUGUACUUUUACCGCAGGAUACCAAGCUAA